AUGUCUAAUGGGAUUCUUGCAGCUUCUUAUGAUAUUCUCGUAACAUUCUUGAGACAUCCCCUUGGCAUUCUUAAUUCAGCGCUUGAGAAACGGAAGCAAAACAAGUUCGAUCCCAGAAAACAGGUCGGAACAGUUCAAGGGCCAAACUUUGAGCAAAGUCAUAUGGAAAUACCGAGCCAGAACUUGGCCUCGAAAGAGAUAUUGAUGGUGUUGGUGGUGGCAGCCGUGGCAGCAGCAGACAGCAGGGAAAGAUUCGCUUAUGGUCCCCCUCGAGCAUUCUCAGCUGAAUCCUAUGAGUCUAGUGAGGCUCGGUACAACUUCAACUAUGCUGUGAAACACGAAGACUCCGGCAACGACUUCGGUCACCAGGAGACCCGCAACGGUGACGACACGAAGGGGUCGUACUACGUACAGCUUCCCGACGGUCGUCUGCAGACUGUGACUUACUUCGUGGACGGUGACUCAGGCUACGUGGCUGAUGUCCAGUACCAGGGAGAAGCUCGCUACCCUGACUCUGAUGAGUCUAGGGAGUACGCACCACCCAGGCCCCGAUACUUUGCCCCUGAUUCACAUGAGUCUCGUGAGGCUCCUGUUUACUCCCCACCCAGACCCAGGCACUACUUCCGUGACUCUAAUGAGUCAAAAUAA